UCCCGGCGACGCGUCCGACGCGUCUGCGAGCCAGGGCUGCUGCAUCCUUCUGUCGGUCUGUCGGUCUGUCUUCGGCAGGCGAGGUCUGGGCUGGGGUGGAGGCCGAACGGUCCCCUCCCUCCCUCCCUUCCUCCCUCCUGGGAGUUAGCGGGGAAGGAACCAGCGCGGGGAGAUCACGGUCGCGAACACCAGUGGGGUGGGGCGUGCCCACGGCCCCCGCCCCUCCCGGGGGUCCGCCAGCCUCAGCUCCAGAGCAGCGAUCCCUGCGCUCCGCCCCCUUCCCUGAGAGAUCUGCGACCACUCGGGGCCGGCCAGGAGAGGGGACAGAGGUGCAGGGGUGAAGGGAGCCCCUACAGUGGAGCCGUCGGGAGGGGCGGAACCAAGUCACCCAGGAGCGAGACACGGGGUCUGGGACGCAGAGCUGAGCGCGCAGGGAGCAGCAGGCCAGGGCCAAAGCCUCCCGGGUGACAAGGCCCUGCGUGGCGGACAGAAGCAACCAGAGAAAAGCGGGGAAAGGCCGGACCUAGAGGGGGCAAGCGCCUCACUCCCGCACCUGCACCGAGGGGACCCAGGAACUAAGAGCACAUCCCCCACCUAGGACAGACAUUGCCUUGAGCGCAGCCCUGUGUGCAACAGCUGCGCUCUGCGGGAAGGGGUCCUUGCUGCUGCGUCUGGAUGGCCACCCAUCCCCCUAACCCAGGCCUCUAGGCCUUGGAGAGCCCAACUAGAAAAGAGGCCACACUCCUCGCCGCCCGACCUGGAGAGAGAGGACGACUCUUCCCCGGUGCUCCCAGGCCCAGGAGGAGCUGGGCCAGCAACAGUGGGACCUGGCCCCGCAGGCGGCAGCGGCCAUGUCACGGCCAGGCCAAGGUGUGAUGGUGCCGGUGAACGGGCUGGGCUUCCCGCCCCAGAACGUGGCCCGGGUGGUGGUGUGGGAGUGGCUCAAUGAACACAGCCGCUGGCGACCCUACACGGCCACCGUGUGCCACCACAUCGAGAAUGUUCUUAAGGAGGAUGCCCGGGGAUCCGUGGUCCUGGGCCAGGUGGACGCCCAGCUGGUGCCCUACAUCAUCGACCUACAAUCCAUGCAUCAGUUCCGGCAAGAUACAGGCACCAUGCGGCCAGUGCGACGCAACUUCUAUGACCCAUCGUCAGCUCCGGGCAAGGGCAUCGUUUGGGAGUGGGAAAACGACGGCGGCGCGUGGACGGCCUACGACAUGGACAUCUGCAUCACCAUCCAGAACGCGUACGAGAAGCAGCACCCGUGGCUUGACCUCUCGUCGCUAGGCUUCUGCUACCUCAUCUACUUCAACAGCAUGUCCCAGAUGAACCGCCAGACGCGCCGCCGCCGCCGCCUGCGCCGCCGCCUGGACCUGGCCUACCCACUCACAGUCGGUUCCAUCCCCAAGUCGCAGUCCUGGCCUGUGGGAGCCAACUCGGGUCAGCCCUGCUCCUGUCAGCAGUGCCUGCUGGUCAACAGCACACGCGCCGCCUCCAACGCCAUCCUGGCAUCGCAGCGCCGCAAAGCGCCCAUUGCGCCAGCAGCACCUCCAGCGCCCCCACCGCCCCCUCCACCGCUGCCGCCAGGAGGGCCCCCCGGUGCGCUCGCUGUGCGCCCCAGCGCCACCUUCGCCGGGGCCGCGCUCUGGGCCGCACCUGCCGCCGUCCCCACGGAGCCCGCGCCUCCUCCAGGAGUUCCCCCGAGGAGUCCCAGCGCCCCCAAUGGAGCGCCCACCGGCCAGAAUAACCUCAGCCGGCCAGGACCCCAGCGAGCCACCAGCGUCAGCGCACGCGCCUCCAUCCCGCCAGGGGUUCCGGCGCUCCCCGUGAAGAACUUGAAUGGCACCGGCCCUGUACAUCCAGCACUGGCAGGGAUGACUGGGAUACUGCUGUGUGCUGCCGGGCUGCCCGUGUGCCUCACACGAGCCCCCAAACCCAUCCUGCACCCGCCCCCCGUGAGCAAGAGCGACGUGAAGCCUGUGCCCGGAGUGCCCGGCGUGUGCCGCAAGACCAAGAAAAAACACCUCAAAAAAAGUAAGAACCCCGAGGAUGUAGUUCGGAGGUACAUGCAGAAGGUGAAAAACCCACCUGAUGAGGACUGUACCAUCUGCAUGGAGCGGCUGGUCACAGCAUCUGGCUAUGAGGGUGUGCUCCGGAACAAGAGUGUGAGGCCGGAGCUUGUGGGCCGCCUGGGCCGCUGCGGCCACAUGUACCACCUGCUCUGCCUGGUGGCCAUGUACUCCAAUGGCAACAAGGUGGGCCACAAGGACGGCAGCCUGCAGUGCCCCACCUGCAAAGCCAUCUAUGGAGAGAAGACGGGCACACAGCCGCCAGGGAAGAUGGAGUUUCAUGUCAUCCCACACUCGCUGCCCGGCUUUGCAGACACCCAGACCAUCCGCAUCGUCUAUGACAUCCCGACGGGCAUCCAGGGCCCUGAACACCCCAACCCAGGCAAGAAAUUCACCGCCAGAGGCUUCCCUCGCCACUGCUACCUACCCAACAAUGAGAAGGGCCGGAAGGUGCUGAGGUUGCUCAUCACCGCCUGGGAACGCAGACUCAUCUUCACGAUUGGAACAUCCAACACCACGGGCGAGUCGGACACCGUGGUGUGGAACGAGAUUCAUCACAAGACGGAGUUUGGUUCCAACCUCACCGGCCACGGCUACCCCGAUGCCAGCUACCUAGACAAUGUGCUGGCUGAGCUCACCGCCCAGGGUGUAUCUGAGGCCAUGGCCAAGGCCUGAGGCUCAAGUGGCCCGCCUUCCCUCUUGCUUUGCCCCUAGACAGGCACAUGCCUCCCUCCAGCAGGCGGGAGGAGCCUGAAGCACUAAGGGGACCUGGCCGGUGGCAGUGGGAGUGACAGGAGGACACCAGGCCAGCUGGCUCCAACCUGCGGCUCCCAGCAAGGGCAGCAGAGAUAGAACGGCCAGAGAGGGCGACCUCCCUAUGGAAAAGACGGAGCUUUGCCCUUCACGCCACACACACACACACAACACACGCACACACACGUGUCCUGUUGCACGCACGCGCUCACGCACGUACACCCACGUGCCUCUGACUUCCCCUAGUUUGGGGGGAAAAGAGACAGAAAGGCUCCCAUUGUCACAUCCUGUGGAUUCCACCUGUGUCUCCAUCACAUCUUCAUAGGCUGUGUCUCCUUCCCAGGACUUGGGUCAAGCACCGGGGAAGUGAGGAGUCUGCAAGGUUUUCAGGGGCCAGUCUGCCCCUUUGCCUCGUCCCUCUAACCCAUGUCAACUCUGCCACCCGCCCACUGGGCAUUGCAAGUCAAUGGGAUAGAAACCCCAGGUCACAGAGUAGUAUUUCCACAGGCCACUGGGGACGAGGCUGUCUUAUUUUGUGCUUGUGUCUAUUUAUCUUUCUGGGACCCCCUAACCUCUUCCUCCUGUGCCCAUCUCUAGACCUCUGUCUAUCCCAGGCAACGGCGUUGUUCUUGCCUUUGUACCAGCUUCUCCCCCACUAAACCGCUCCAGACACUGAGACCCAAAAGCUGUAGCUUCUGGCUUCAGGAGCGAGGGGAGGCCUUGUUCAAGCCCACGCAUUGAAAACGGAGAGCAGGCCGCAAAGCGUUAACUUCUCACGCCUUGGAAGGGGGCAGUGGGCGGCUGAUCUCUCAGGCCAACCAGAGGCCCGUUGCCCAGGCAACUCACCAGCUCCGCCUCUGAGGAUUGGCUGCUGGGAUGGAAGACGGCCAAGCUUUAAAGGGACGCCAGCGAUUGCUCUUUUGAAGAAAAAAAAAAAAUCUACCAGUCCCACUGUGGGUGGAGAAAUAAAUGGUCUUUCUCCUUGU